CAUUGUUAGAGCGCGUUGACUGUGGUCCUGCGGCCGCUCAGCCUCCUCCCGUCGUCGCCAUGGUGCAGAUGAUGGAGUCGCAGUGCGAGUAUUUCAUGUAUUUCCCGGCGGUGCCGAUCACGGACCUGUCCGACCCGGCCCGGUACCGCACGCUGCCCCGCAGGAGCCACCUGUACCUGGGCGAGACCGUCCGCUUCCUGCUGGUGCUGCGCUGCAGGGAAGCCGGAGCGACGCCGACCGAGCACGGCCCGGGGGGCGCUGAUGGCACCGCGGCAGGUUUUGGGACGGAAUCGGUCAGCGGCCGGGCGUGGAGGGAGCUGGCCGGAUCUCUGUGCGCCGUGGCGAGCGUGAGUCCGGGUGAGAGCAGUCGUCACCGGGGCAACCACCAUCAGCAUCACCACGACUACCAGAGCAGCGGGGACGAGGCCAACGAGGAUGGCGAAGAGGACUACAUCGCCGCGGCCGAGGCCGCCAUCGCUGCGCUCGGCAGCAGGGUGGACUCCCGGUGCCGGAGCUUCAGGGACUGCAAACCUCUGCUCAUCCACAACUCCUCUGGGACGGCGUCGAGGGAGUUCCGCAGGGCGCCCGUCCAGUCUCCUCUAGAUGAGCCGGUGGUCCUGACGGAUGAGGUCAUCUUCCCGCUCACCGUCUCUCUGGACAAACUGCCCGUCAGCACCCUGAAAGUCAAGGUGAUGGUCACGGUGUGGAAGAAGGAGGCGGAGAAAGUGGAGGUGCAGGAACUCGGCUACCUGAGCGUGCUGCAGCAGAGAGAGCCGACGCACACCUUCAGACACGACCUGAACACCUUCAAGGCUCAGGUGAGCACCACCCUGACCGUCCUGCCGCCUCCAACCGUCCGCUGCAAGCAGAUGACUGUUUCUGGAAAACACCUCGCUGUCUUAAAAGUGCUGAACGAGUCUUCUCAGGAGGAGGUGAGUAUUCGGGAUGUUCGGAUUUUACCGAACCUCAACGCCUCCUACCUUCCCGUGAUGCCCGACGGCUCCGUGCUGCUGGUGGACAACGUGUGCCAUCAGUCCGGUGAGGUCGGCAUGGCGUCCUUCUGCCGGGUGGACAGCCUGGCCUGCCGUCUUCCCAGCAUGCUCAGCGCUUUGGAGGAGCACGACUUCCUGUUCCAGCUGCACCUCAACGACAUGCCGCAGGACGACUCCAGUGAGGGGCUGGAGGUUCCUCUGGUCGCUGUGCUGCAGUGGUCAACGUCCAAGAUGCCUUUCACCAACUGCAUCUACACCCACUACAGGUUGCCCAGUAUCCGUCUGGACAGGCCGCGCUUCGUCAUGACGGCCAGCUGUCCGAGCACCGUCAGGGUGAAGGAGCACUUCAAGGUCAAAUACGUUCUUCUCAACAACCUGCAGGACUUCCUGGCUGUGCGGCUCGUCUGGACUCCAGAGGGUCGAGGUCAGGGGGAGGACGCAGCGCUGUCUGCCGUGGUCUGUCACACCCCUCUCAGUAACCUGGGUCACUGCCGCAAAGGAAGCACUCUGUCGUUCAGCGUGGCCUUCCAGAUCCUCAAACCAGGACUCUACGAGCUGAGUCAGCACAUGAAGCUAAAGCUCCAGUUCACAGCGUCGGUGUCCAACCCUCCACCCGACGCUCGGCCCCUGUCACGUAAAAACAGCCCGUCCAGCCCGGCGGUUCGAGACCUCCUGGACCGACACCAGGCCAGUCUGGGGCGCUCGCAGUCCUUCUCCCACCAGCAGCCGUCUCGGUCCCACAUCAUGAGGACGGGCAGCGCCAUGGAGCGACGGGCCAUCACGCCUCCCGUUGGCUCUCCGGUCGGUCGGCCGCUCUACCUGCCGCCGCAGGACAAGUCGCUGCUGUCGCUGGACAAGAUCGCCAAGAGGGAGUGCAAAGUCCUGGUGGUGGAUCCUGUCAGCUAGGCAGCGAGAGGAGAGGCUUUUAUUUUGAUAGAGAAACGCUCACGGGAAGAGAUGACAAAGAACCCGACUUCAUGUUACUGCAGGAAACACUCCUGUGUUUAAUCAGCUGACCAAUCAGAACAACGAGGAAGGAGUUCAUCCUUCAGCUGAAAUUCAUGUUUUAUUGUAUUUAAAGUCACGUUGGGUUUUCCAGCUCGUUUCCUGGAAGCGUUCUUUAAAAUUUUAUCUUAUAUUUAUCUUUAAAGCAUCGUCCAGAUGCCACUGAAUCGUUUUAUGCUCCCGGUGUGUUUUACAGGAUGAAAACUGCAAACGCAGCUCAGCUCCACAAAGAAGAACUGAGAAUUUAUUUUACAUUGUUUAGUAAAGUUUCCAGGAAAUGAGCUGGAAAGAGCCAAACCUGCAAAAUAAAGUGUUAGCUUUUUACUUCUGUGUUAUUUUCAGAGUAAAAGACAUUACAGGUUAAAAACGUAUGAACCUGAGGACAGUUAACGUUUUCUUUCAGUGUUAUUUCCUCCAUCGCGUCACAAACAGUAACUGCAGCAGAAUGUUGAUAAUAAAAUGAAUAUAAUGGUCCAGGCUGUUGUUGUGAGUCUGCAGACACCCGGCGCUCCCUCACAGCGUCUCUCUGAGGACACUCAGCCUUUUAUUAAAGAG